GUAAAACUGCCCACACUACAAGCCCUUGUGGAAGAACAGCUCGCCAAAGGUCACAUUGCCAAGACCACCAGCCCUUGGAACUCUCCAGUCUUCAUACUACAAAAACCUGGAACGGACAGGUGAAGGCUGCGGGGGCGUGUUUUUUAUUCCUUCAGUGUCUGUUCAUACCUACCCCCCCCCAGCUCAUUCCUAACCCCCCUUCUCUCCAAGAUGUGAAUCUUCCCUUUCCCUGCCCCUUUCCCCAGAACAGUCCCUGUCUAUUUAGUGAGGCUCAACAUCCUAUUGGUUACUUUGUGUUACUCCACUCCCUUGUUUUCCCUGAUAGGUUUAUGAUAUGUUAGUUCUGCCCUAAACUCCCCUGCUAUUCCCCUAUUAGUUACUGUUCCUAUGCCCCUCCUCCUAAGUUCUUGUAUAAAACCCUUUGUCUGCCCCCCCCCCCAAAGUGUCUUGGGCCACGCUGAAUAAACCCAUCCUGUUCACCCCCAAGUCCCGUGUCGCCUCCAUCUGUCCCCGCGCCAACAACUGGGACUGCAGAGCUUCGCAGGAGGAUCGGCCGCCCCCCUCCUCUUCCCUCGCCGCCCAGCACGCCCGCGCUCGGGGUGUCGCGGUGAAAGGGUGCCAACCGCGACGCAACAGAUGGUAGCAGAGGAUGGUUCCCUCUUUCGUCUUGUAAAACAAACGGGCAAAUUCGUGGGGGCGCCCGCCUCACGGAAGAAGAAGGAGGGAAGAGGAACAUCUGCAGCUGUAGAAGCUCUGCCAGACGCUAAGAGGAGCCGAGCGCCAAGCAAAAAGAAAAUUCGGCUCCGGGACCUUCUUUGUUCUCGCCUCUGCGCUCUCUACCCCCGCCGAGGUCAGCCGUACUGCACUGGAGCAGACGUGCUGCAAGGGCGGGUAGACCUACUCUGGGACAAAGAGGGCGGUUUGGCAGCAGCUCAAGGGAGCCCGAAGAAUGGCACGUCAGGGGACGGCACCGGAACGAAACCACCAGAGGCCGAUAGUGGCCAAGCCCAAAGCUUCAGGGACGAGCCUUGGGUGCAGCCAAAAUCGGCUGAACCUUCUUGCAGGUCCCGGGAACACCCAAGCCUCUGGAAGGGCCAAACUGAGGAGGAACGUCCCCAGUUCGGCGACUUUUCCACCAAGUCGAGGAGAAGAAUCAAGUCAUCUCCACCCGGGCCCCAGAGGAAAGAAAGAUCAUCCUAUUUAGUUUAUACCCACGGUAAUAUGCCCACUCCAGAAAUAAAGAAUGAAAUUGGAUAAACCAGGUCGCCGCUUGCCGCCUUAACUCUGCUAUACGAAUUUCGUGAAGGCGAACAUUUCAAGUGCCGCGACAGCCCAAGUUUCAAAUCAAAUCAAGCUAUGAAUCCUGCUGAGUGUUUUACCCCAAAUUCAGAAUUUGUUUAUGACAAUUUUAUACGCUUAAAGUUAUUUUAUUGUAAUUGUAAUUAAUUUGUACUUUUCUGAUGUUUUUCAACUUAUUUCUGUUUAGUAAUUUGUAAUGUUACUAUAUGAUUUUGUUGUGUUUUGUAUAUGAAGUUUAUAUUAUUUAUAUGCGGUACUAAUUUGUUUAAACGUCAGAACUCUCCUUCCUUUUGUAAAAAGAAAGGGGGAGAUGCGGGGGCAUGUUUUUUAUUCCUUCAGUGUCUGUUCAUACCCCCACCCAGCUCAUUCCUAACCCCCCUUCUCUCCAAGAUGUGAAUCCUCCCUUUCCCUGCCCCUUUCCCCAGAACAGUCCCUGUCUAUUUAGUGAGGCUCAACAUCCUAUUGGUUACUUUGUGUUACUCCACUCCCUUGUUUUCCCUGAUAGGUUUAUGAUAUGUUAGUUCUGCCCUAAACUCCCCUGCUAUUCCCUUAUUAGUUACUGUUCCUAUACCCCUCCUCCUAAGUUCUUGUAUAAAACCCUUUGUCUGCCCCCCCCCCCAAAGUGUCUUGGGCCACGCUGAAUAAACCCAUCCUGUUCACCCCCAAGUCCCGUGUCGCCUCCAUCUGUCCCCGCGCCAACAACUGGGACUGCAGAGCUUCACAGGGGGAUCGGCCGCCCCCCUCCUCUUCCCCCGCCGCCCAGCACGCCCGCGCUCGGGGUGUCGCGGUGAAAAGGUGCCGACCGCGACGCAACAGAAGGCUCCUCUACGACCUUUGAAAAAUCAAUGAGGUCAUCGAGGACAUGGGCCCCCUCCAGCCUGGCCUGCCUUUACCAUCGAUGCUGCCUCGAGACUGGACACUUGCCAUCAUAGAUAUUAAAGACUGUUUCUUCAGCAUUCCGCUGCACCCCCAGGAUGCUCCACGGUUUGCUUUCUCCGUACCCUCUCUUAACAGAGGCUCCACUCAAAAGAUACCAUUGAAUGUAUCUUCCCCAAGGACUAAGUCUCGCCUACUAUAUGCCAGUGGUACAUUGCUCACAUCCUGUCUCCUGUUCGGAACCUAUUUCCUGAUGCAAUCAUCUACCACUAUAUGGAUGAUAUCUUGGUCUGUGCAUCAGAAAAAAAUUACUUAGAAAAAGCAGUUAAAGGGACAAUUUCCAACACCUCUGUACCCUAUAUCAACCCCCAUCUCUGCCCAGUUUGGCAGAAAAGCUGUCACUGUCCCCUUCACAGGAGCUGAAAUUAAAGGACACCACUGUGGAACCACA